CUCUGCUUUCCCUCUUUGCUUUUAUGCGUCUGACCAUUGAUAACGAAGCAAAACGCCACUCUGUGUCUCCAAGUCUCCAUUCACUGACCACCUCGCUGUUCUCUCUGUCUCCCUCCUUGUUUCUUUACCGUUUCGAAUGAAUACGAAAAAUACCCUCGUCUUGGAGGACUAGAAAAGAAGGAAGACUUCUUAUUUUGUUUGUUGAUUUCUGCCGGAGGAGUAAUUCUUUUCUUUGCAUAUAAUCUACGUUACGCUUGUUUGUUAUCAAGGAAGAUAAAUAAUGAUAAUGAUUCCAGUGCCCCAUCAGGGCUGAGAGACGACUGCCUGCUUUUUUACGUAUCGGAUCUUUUUCGGGGCUCGCGAUUCUUCUUCUUUUCCGUUUCUUGAACCUGCAUUUCCUCCUUUUUUUUGUUUUCUGGUAAAAUGAGUCAGUGAAGAAUGGAAGGGUCCAAAAUGUCAUCUGAUGUGAAAUCAAGUCGUACAUACUCAGAACCUUCCAGUGAAAGGGGAUUCGGUUUGGAGCUCAAGAAGAGUUCUAGAUGGCAGCAACAUUGGGAUACUGCUCUUCCAACCCAAGCAAUGCAGAGUCUAAAACAUCAAGACAAGUUGAAAGCAAAAUAUUAUGGUAGUCAGCGAUGUGUUGAUAUGCCUCGUGAACUGAAACUUCAUGCAAAUGAUAGGAUCUUGGUCCAACCAAAAACUUCAGGGAACAGCCAUCAGCUGCACUCUGUCAAGAGAAAUUCAAUAAAGGAUGACGAGCUUGUAAAAUAUAUGUCAGAUUUGCCAGGUUUUCUCCAGCGCAUGGAGAGAAGUGAAAGUAUACAGGAUAAGGCGUUGAAUGUUGGAGUUUUGGACUGGUCACGUCUAGAGAACUGGAGGAUUGCAGCAAGUUAUAGCAAUAGUACAUCAUUGACUAGCAGCAAUUUGCCAAGUAAAAUUACUAUGAAGUCUGCUGCCUUUCCAAAUGCGGUUCACAAUAACACUCUUGCUCACCGAAGCAAGCAGCAUCCUUCUCUUUCUUCCAGUCUGAACUCUUCUCACAAAGACCAUGUUUCUCGAGCUUCCAAACCUCCUAUCCAGAAUGCUUUGUGCUUUCAAGAUUUUGAAACUUCUUCCAAGAGCAGUGUGAACGGGCAGAAAAAAGUACGAAGGACCAACAAGUCUGUUGGCAGAAAUAAUUCUGAUGUCAUUCUUGAACAGGGGAAAAGAAAAGAUGUAAAUCAGAAGAUCACUUCUAAAGUUAGAAGUCGGUCUUCAAACUCAAGAUACGACAGUAUCUCAAUCAGGUCCAAGGUGAAUAUGAGUGCUUGUGACAGUGCGGCCGAGAAGAGAGCUGGGGAGAAGGAAGGACUGGAAGUAAAGAGAAAACCAUUGGAUCAGACAAUUUCUUCAAGGAUCAGAACUCCAUCAUCACAGAUGAGAAGCCAUGAUGUUUCGCCCAGUUCUAAGGCAAAGAAUGUUGCUGAUGGUAAAACUAAGAAGGGAAUAGAGGAGUUGCAAGAAUCUUCUAUUGAUCUUUCUCCUCAACACCAAUCCAUGGAGAACAACAUAGUUCUCCUUGUACCAAAGAAGUUAUCCACAAAUUGCUCCCCUCAGGAACCAAGGACACUGCUGGAUAAGGAUUUGAAUGAAACACACCGACGGAGCUUGUCAGAUGUCUUUUCUCAUGUGGAAGUUCAAUCUUCUGAAAUUCUGCACUCAUGCUCGCUGAUUUCUAGAAAGGAAACUGACACAGAACCCCACAAAUUGCUGCACGCUGCAAUGGUUAUGCGGGGUGCAGAGACGUCAGCUGAUGCAUCCUGCGCAUCUGCAUGUUCACGUAAGAUGCCAAUUAGACUGUCUGAGGAUAAAUUUGCAGGAGAGAGCAGUGGUAGGGCUGCAAAAGGAAGUGUUAUUGAAACUUCAAAUACUUUGGAUCAAGAAACAAUGGAAGUGAUGGCAAGAAAAGGCAGGCAUCCUUCACCAAAUCACCGGUUUAGCUUCAGCUUAAGCCGAAUGAGUAGGAGUUUCAGCUUCAAGGAGAGUUCAGCUGUCCCACAGUUGAGCUCCACCUACAUUUCCACGAAGUCUGGCCCCGUGAUAUCCGGAGGUUCUGCUUGUUUGGAUAAUUCAAACAGAGAGAAGGCAAGUGGUCAUAACAGAGCUAGAUCCAGCCCGUUGAGAAGGAUGCUAGAUCCUCUGCUGAAGUCCAGGAGCUCGAGGACACUUAUUUCAGCUGAAAAUGACUCUUUAAAAGAUAGCUUGAAUUCCUUCAACUUGAAGCGAUUUGAUGCUACUGAACCACUUAAGGAUGAAAAGCAUGAGCCACCAAGAAUAAAAGCUCACCUGCAGCUUUCAAUGAGGAACGGAGUUCCUUUGUUCAGAUUUGCGGUUGGCAACAAUAGCAACUUUCUUGCAGCCAACAUGAACAAGUUAUCAUCACCUCAGAAGAAUGAUUCGGGCUGCGACUAUACAUUCUAUACAGUUGAUGAAAUCAAGAGAAAGAGUGGUAGCUGGAUAAAUCAAGGUAGUAAAGAGAAGAGCUGUGGCUAUAUCUACAAUGUGAUUGGCUGCAUGAGGGUUAAUAAUAGCUCUUCUAUCUCUGCUUUGACUGGACCAAGCUCUAUUUGCCAGAUUAAGGUGAAAGAGUCUGUUUUGUUUAUUAGGGACCCAAGUCAGGCAGAUCAGGCAUCGCCAAGGUUCAUGGAAAAUACGGAGCUUGCAGCAGUUGUUGUCAAAAUGCUUAAUGAAAUCCCAAGCCUCGACCUGCAGCAGACUGAUCAAAAUGAAAACUUGGGAAAAACUGAACACUCAAAUAGUGUUACUACUGUCAUACUUCCCGGUGGUAAUCAUAGCUUGCCAAACGAGGGAGUUCCUUCUCCAUUGAUACAUCGGUGGAGAUCUGGUGGAUCAUGUGACUGUGGAGGUUGGGAUGUUGGUUGUAAACUACGCAUACUCUCCAAUGGAAGCCAGUGUAGUGAGGUUCCAAGGACAUCCAAAAGUUGCCUUAUGCCAGAUUGUCUUGAACUUUUCAAUGAGGGAGCAAACCAACAAGAUCAGCCUCUCUUCAGUUUGGCACAAGUGGAAAAGGGAAUGUAUUCGAUUGAAUUCAGUUCAUCAAUUUCUUCAUUACAGGCAUUCUUCAUUGGUGUCACGGUUAUAAGCUGUCAAAAAUCAACUGAUCUUCUGGAUGUCAGCAAUGCUUCCGGUGAAAAGUUUCAACAGGAACCAAGGAACUCCAGUGAUGUAACAAAGAAGAUCCACACCAUGCCCCCAGGGAAGACACAUGUGAAAUACACUCUAAGCCCCCCUCUUUCCCCUUUUGAAAGGGUGUAGUGGGUUCGUGCCAGGAGACUGUUUGCUGUUGGUGUAUAGUUGCUAAAGUUCUUGAAAUGGCAAAGAGGGAUUAGAGAAUGGCGUUCAUGAUUGAUCGCAUUGUUUUUCAUUGACUUGGGUCGGAAUGAUUUUUCGUCAGCUGUAAUCACCACUAAUAUCACCCUUGUGUUGAGUGUGAAGAAAACAAUGCUAUGAAAUAUACAGCUCUGAAAUUCAGAGAGUACA